UGACCAACAGUCAUCACAGGUGAGCGCAACUGAAGUCCACUCUCAAUUACCUUCGCAAGGCUGUUAGGACCAAGAUAGUGUAGUAGGAACGAUGAUCUUCCUAUACUCUGUUAUAUUCACACUGGUGCUGUUCUCUGAGUUUAACACCCGCUCGGUCGUCUUUGCGGUACAGACAGGCAAGAUGGACGAGGGUAGGACAGAGCAGGAGAGCCUGCGAUCGAUACUAGGUGAAGACACAAUGAGCGACAACGCUCUGGCUGCCCCGAGGUUCAUACGGGAGCCCGUCCUGGACAACGGACUGGGCGACGAAGAGGACAACACAAAGUACCUCAUCCUUUCAGACAUUGGACUGAAAGGGCACACCAGACGUGGCAUGAACACAGCUUUCUCCCGAGCGCUUCCUGUCCUCCCUGACCGAGCCACAGAUCACUCUCCUGCUGAAUAUAGCCUGAAAGUAGAGCGCAGGGAGGCCGACCUUGAGAGUAAGUAUCGACCAGCGACUUCCUUCUACGGUUCCUGUAUCCGUUCAAUCAUGGGCAUUAGAAUGAUCCAGGUCGACGAUACUGGCAUUAAAAGCAUAACUGAGUGUGUUGAUACUUUUCCCCAUGAUGUUCCAUUCAUUAUUUGGAACAAGAGUUUUAUCAGCUGGACUUGACAUUUCAGACAUAUAAAAGCAACAAA